ACCAUCCUAUCCCCACAGACCGAGCCAGAUCGGCGAACCGUUCACAGACGGGCCACAAGGAGCUUGCGUCCCGAUCGGUCACGAGACGUCGUUUUAUCGAUACCCGUUCGCGCCGGAGAUAUACCCGACAUUCGUCGCUUUUUUGAGACGAGAUCCGACGUCAUUUCAUUAACGUUCAUAGGAAAGUGAGCGAACAACUGUUUGGAGUUAGGUGACCAGCAGAGAACGGGCUCCUACCGUGGCCGAAUCAUCAUCUCACCAAGAAUACAGAAUACCGUCUCACGUGUCUCCAUCUAAAAGAGUAUUCAUUCACAGAGGGGAUUUAAAUCUCCAGCCGCCCCGAAAUCGAAGAAACCGCUCUCACAGCGGGACCUGUCCGACGAAAUUUUAAAGAGCGCCGCGGGACAUCUGCCGGAACGUCAUCGGAAAGAGGAGGAAAGUGAAAGAGAGAAAAGAGCGAAGAGAAGAAGAAAAAAGAGAAGAAGAAGGGUCGUUUCUUCAGUGAAGAAAGCUGUGAUUGUGCCGAAGGAUGAUCUCUCUCAGCCUCACCACGUGCUUCCUGCUGGCCUUCACUCUAGUGGCCUUGAUCUUGGUCCUGAUAGACCAGAGAAGAACGAAGAAGGCGCUGAAGAAUAAAUUAUACGACGGCGAAGAGGCCACUCUGACGGAUCCACCCGGACCCAAGCCGUGGCCAAUUUUGGGCUCCUUACAUAUUUUGGGACGCUACGAUGUACCGUACAAGGUUUUCGCUGAUCUCGUCAAAACUUACAACAGUCAAGUGGUCAAGCUCCAGUUGGGGUCUGUGCCUUGCGUCGUCGUCAACGGGCUGGAGAACAUCAAGGAAGUUCUGAUUGCCAAGGGCCAAUACUUCGACUCGAGGCCGAACUUUGUCAGAUAUCAUCUCCUCUUCUGCGGCAACAAGGAGAAUUCUUUGGCAUUCUGCAAUUGGUCGGAUGUACAGAAGACACGAAGAGAAAUGCUACGAGCACACACUUUCCCGCGCGCCUUCACCACGCGGUACAACCAGCUGAACGGCAUCAUCGGCGGCGAAGUGGAUACCUUGGUUAAUCACCUGGCCAGCACCUCGGGCAACGCGUUGCACGCCAAGCCGUUGAUCCUGCACAUGUGCGCGAACGUCUUCGUCAAGUACUUCUGCUCGCGGCGCUUCGGCCUGGAAUACGCCCCCUUCCGCGAGAUGAUCGAGAACUUCGACAAAGUGUUCUACGAGGUGAACCAGGGCUAUGCUGCCGACUUCAUGCCGUUCCUCAUGCCGUUGCACUCGAGAAACAUGUCAAGAAUGGCCAAUUGGAGUCACGAGAUUAGGAAAUUCGUGGAGACGGACAUCAUCAGUAGCCGCCUGAACGACUGGAAGUCGGUGAUACCUGAGGAGGAUUACGUGGACUGCCUGAUCAAUCACGUGAAGACCGAAGCCGAGCCGAAAAUGAACUGGGAUGUGGCGAUGUUCGCUUUGGAGGACAUCAUCGGCGGUCAUUCAGCAGUUGGUAACUUGCUCGUCAAGAUUUUGGGUUACUUGGUCACUCGACCGCAAGUGCAGAAAAUGGCACAGGAGGAAAUCGAUCGGGUCGAAACUUCGGGAAGGUUCGUCGGCCUGGAGAACAGGGGAAACAUGCCGUACACGGAAGCCAUUAUUCUCGAGGCGAUCAGGCUGAUCGCGAGCCCGAUCGUGCCGCACGUCGCCAAUCAGGACAGUUCCAUAGCUGGCUACAAAAUUGAAAAAGACACGUUUAUCUUCUUGAACAAUUAUGACUUGAACAUGUCGGAUGAGCUGUGGACCUCCCCCAAAGAGUUCAUGCCGCAGAGAUUCGUGCAGAACGGCAGACUCCAGAAGCCAGAGCAUUUCUUGCCGUUCGGCGGCGGUCGGAGAUCUUGCAUGGGCUAUAAGAUGGUUCAAUACAUCAGCUUCUCAACGAUAGCCACCCUACUGAAGAACUUCAACAUAUUGCCGGUGGAGAAAGAAAAAUAUAAGGUGCCCAUCGGCAAUCUCGCGCUACCUGAGAGCACCUUCGACUUUCGCUUCGAGAGUCGGUAGGAUAGAGGAAUCGUGAAUCCGGAGGAAGGUGGAUCCGGUCGGAUCAUCGAUGUCGUAGACACGACUUUGUCCCAUUGACGAAGGCUCCGCCACACUCGACGUCCGAUUCGACCGCUUUGGAGACUUCAUCAACAACGAAGGACAUCAGCGAUCGUAGAGACGAACUGAACUGGGUCUUGGAACCCGAGGAUAUGCAGCUCGAUCACAUCGAUCGAUUAAAUCGGCAUCCGAUGUUAAUCGAACGACGAACAAUAGUCUUGCGCGUCGCACAGAGCCUCCGUUUCGCCGACGCGACGCGCAGCGGACAACUAGCAGCUAAGAAGAGGCUCUUCGAACCCAAGGAAGCUUUACUGACAUUAGAAAGAACUGUAUACAGGUGGCAAGUAUCCAAUCUCCGGCGCCAACAGAGCUUUACUGACAUUACUAGAUCGUUAAGCUAGCUAAUUCGAUCGUUCUUCGGCGUGAGCCCUAGGUACGGAAACGUAUGCGCGCAGACGAGUCUCAUACGUCCCGAGUUGCUUGAAACACGAAUCUCGAACUCGAAGCUCCACGUGUCACACACCUUUCGUUAACCGCAUCUAUUUUAGUCUGAAUUUACAUAUACGUCGUAUGAUUCAAUUUAACGUAACAAUUGUUUUAAUUGCUUUUAUCGUUUGUUUAGUGUUUUGGGGUAUCCUUAGUGUAGUGUUGCAGAUUUUAAUUUUCUUCGAAUUUAUCGAGGUCAUUUCAACGUUUCAUACGUGUGAUCGAUGAAGAAUCACAGCAAUGAGUGAUCGUGUGGCGACCAUUCACGGAAUGCUCGCUGAAUCUGCAGAGAUCGGUGAUCAUUGAGCCUCGACUGCGAGCGCGUGGGUUGUUUUAGAAUAAUCGUCACGCGCCUCGUCUGGCGGUCACUAUCGUCUGGCGACUGCUCGUCUGUAAAACGAGAUCUCCCGCGUUGAUGCACUAACAAUAGCGAUACUGCGAUGGUAAUACCAAGGGUCAAAUCCGAGCGAUCCGCGUGUACAACUUAUAGAAUCGAUACUUGAGGAUUAAUCGAGAUAGACGAAGACUGACAGUCAGGACGGCAGUGGGACCACGGCUUCUUCGAGUUUAAACGUGUGUCGUCGCAGCUAAAGUUCGUUUCGUCGGAAUACGCGUACAAAUUAAUCGCCAAGCACAGCGCGCCUAUCGCACACUUCAAGAUCUUCUCGCGGAUCCCGCACAUGAAACUUCGAAGCGAGACCAUAUGCGGGAACACUUUUUGACUCGGAGAGAUUUAAGAUUUUAUCGUUAUAAUUCUAUGGUAGAGACGCGAAUGAUUCGCGUGUAAAGCGUUGAUAGUUCUCGUGUUCUCACGAACGACAUCGCGUUCUUGUUUCUUCUCCUUUUUUGUUUUUCACACAGAGCGUUUGUUAGUGUUAUUAAAUUAUCGCGCACGUACCUCGUCAUUUUCGUCAUAUAUCGUCUCUGAGCGUCUCAUAACGCGAGGUGGUGCGAUGCAAUUCUGGGAGCAAGGGAGGAGAAACGGCUAUUAACAAAGGGCAAAGAGAAACCUUACUCGAAUGAUACUCGAGAGGAGACUCGAGAGAAAGUAACAUAGAGGAGACAUCGUUUUUGAAAUCAUUUCUCAACGAUUUCGAAUGAAAAGUUGAUCCUCGAAGAUAAAUAUUUCUCUCGACGUACCACCUCGCACGUAAUAAUAUUUAUUUCAAUUAUCCAGCGUCUCUCUCUAUCUCUUUCUCUGUCUCUCUCUUUCUCUGUUUACAUCGCGUUAAUAUAAAAAUUAUUAUUAUUAUUAUAUUACAAUUACUCUAUAUUAUUUGUAACUCUAAUCGCGUUUAUUAUUAUCAUUAUUAUUAUCGCUUAUAUUAUUAUUACCGUCAUUAUCGUCAGCACAGUUAUGAUAAUCGCCCAUGUUCUAUGUCGCCUCGUUUCUCCACCGAAUUCCGCCCGCUCAUAUCUCCUCCUUCUCCCCCCUUCACCAGCCGCGCUUUCACACUCGUAAACUGUACAUUGUGUUUGUUAUUUAAUUAUCGUGAUUGUUACGUCAUUUGUUAAUUUAUUAUUUAAGAUUUUAAUGUUAAAAUAAGAGAAUAAAAUAUGAAAUGCGCAUA